AGCACUGUGGGAACGGCGCCGGGGCGACGUCACCGCGCACCCGGAGUGACGUCACUUCCGCUUCCUCCCGCGCAGGAAGUGAUUUCCGCUCCUCUUUCUGCGCCGCGUUUCGGCCCGUCUGGAGUUGGGCUGUUCUCGAAUCGCGGCGAGGCCGGCGCACCGCAGCCAUGACAGAGGCUGAUGUAAAUCCGAAGGCCUAUCCCCUCGCAGAUGCCCACCUCACCAAGAAGUUGCUGGACCUCGUUCAGCAGUCAUGUAACUACAAGCAGCUUCGGAAAGGAGCCAAUGAAGCCACCAAAACCCUCAACAGGGGCAUCUCUGAGUUCAUUGUGAUGGCAGCAGACGCUGAGCCCUUGGAGAUCAUCCUGCACCUCCCACUGCUGUGUGAAGACAAGAAUGUCCCCUAUGUAUUUGUGCGCUCCAAGCAGGCCCUAGGACGGGCCUGUGGGGUCUCUAGACCUGUCAUCGCCUGUUCUGUUACCAUCAAAGAAGGCUCCCAGCUAAAGCAGCAGAUCCAGUCCAUCCAGCAGUCUAUUGAAAGGCUCCUGGUGUAGGCCUGUGGCCUCUGCCCUUUCCUGUCUACUCCCACCCCACUUGUGUAUCAUAUUGUCUGUUAGCAUGCGGUAUUUUCAGCCAGUUUCUAUUAUAAAUAUUGUACUACA